GGAAGCUGCUGGGAAUAUCAUCAAAGAGAUCACAGAGCCAUGGAUUUGUUCCCCCCUGAUGCUCCUAGCUUCCCCCAGGUCAUGUCAUGGGGCUGCAAGCCCCACGCCCAGAAAAUAAGCCAUCCCCUUUGGCAAUCAAACCAGGUGAGGUCGACGGUGCGAUUCAUUGAAGUCAUUCCCCCAAACUUGAAAAUACUCAAAAGCGCAUUACAUUUUUAAAAUACAAAUUUGUUCAUGGAAUUAUAAAAAGAAAUCACAUGAUGGAGAGUUUAGGUUAGGAAAACUGACACUUUCUCAUGCUUUAUGGCUGUCUUAAAUGUUAUUUUUUCACAGAGGCGUCCCUAACCAUCCUAUCUAAAUUAGAUCUUUUGUGGCCCUGCAUUUUUUAAUUGAAGUAUAAUUAAUCUACAGUGUUCUAUUAGUUUCAAGUGUACAAUAGAAUGAUUCAGCAGUUCUGUACAUUACUCAGUGCUCAUCAUGAUAAGUGUACUCUUAACUCCUGUCGCCUGUUUCACCCAUCCCCCCCACCCAUCUCCCCUCUGGUAACCAUCAGUUUGUUCUCUGUCGUUUUUUAUUUGUCUCGUUUUCAUUGGUUUGUUCAUUUGUUUUGUUUCUUAAAUUCCACGUAUGAGUGAAAUCAUAUGAUAUUUGUCUUUCUUUCUCUGACUUACUUCACUUAGCAGAACACAUUCUAGAUUCAUCCAUGUUGUUGCUAAUGGCAGGAUUUCACUAUUUUUUAUGGCUGAAUAAUAUUCCAUUAUGUAUAUAUGAUAUAUAUAAUACACACACACACACACACACACACACCCCACUUCUUUAUUCAUCCAUCUAUCUAUCAGUGGAUACUUACGUUGCUUCCGUAUGUUGACUAUUGUCAACAAUGCUGCAAUAAACAUGGGGGUCCUUAUACCUUUUUGAGUUAGUUUCUGUUUUCUUUGGGUAAAUACCCAGUAGUGGAAUUACUGGAUCACCUGGUAAAUCUAUUUUUAAAAUUUAGAGGAACCUCCAUACCGCUUUCUAUACUGACUGUACUAGUUUGUAUUCCCACAGUGUAUGAAGGGUCCUUUUCUCCGCAGUCUUCACUAACGCUUGUUAUUUCUUGUCAUUUUGAGUCUAGCCAUUCUGACUGGUGUGAGAUGAUAUCUCAUUGUGGUUUUCAUUUGCAUUUCCCUGAUGAUGAGUGAUGUGGAGCCUCUUUUCAUGCGUCUUUUGGCCAUUCUUAAGUCUUCUUUGGAAAGAUGUCUUUUCAAGCUCUGCCCAUAUUUUAACUGGGCUGUUUUUAUGAUGUCGAGUUGUGUAAGUUCUUUAUAUAUUUUGGAUAUUAACCCUUUGUCAGGCAUAUCAUUUACAAACAUCUCCAAUGGUUUCCUUUGCCACGCAAAAGCCUUUUAUUUUGGUGUAGUCCUAAUAGUUGCAUUUUGCUUUUGUUUUUCUUGCCUCAGGAGACAUAUCUGGGAAAACGUUCCCAUGUCUGAUGUCAAAGAGGUUACUGCCCAUGUUUUGUUUUGUUUUUCUAGGAAUUUUAUGGUUUUAGCUCUCACAUUUAGAUCCUUAAUCCAUUUUGAAUUUAUUUCUGUGUAUGGUGGAAGACAGUGGUCCUAUUUCGUUCUUUUGCAUGUAGCUGUCCAGUUUUCCCGGCACCAUUUAUUGAGGAGAUGGUCUUUUCCCCGUUGCCUAUUCCUGCCUCCUUUGUUGUAGAUUAAUUGACCAUAGAUGUGUGGGUUUAUUUCUGGGCUCUCUGUUCUGUUCCAUUGAUCUAUGUGUCUUUUUUUUUUUUUUUUAAACACACACUUAACCUGCUGUUGCUAUGUGUCAGGCACUCUUCUAAGGGCUUUGCAAGGAUUAACUCAUUCAAUCUUUGCAGAAUCCUUGUCCGGUACUCCUACUUUCUCUAUUUUACAGUUAUGGGGAGAAACCAAGGCACAGAGACGUCAGGAAAUCCAGCCAGGCUGGUACAGCUGGCGAGUGGCAGAGCUGGGAUUCGAACCCAGGCGGCUUGGCUUUUGAACCAGCGGUCUCGGCAUUGUGUUCUGCUCCCCCAAUCACAGCUUGCAGUGUGCUUUGUCCAUGGUCUCCCUCCCCCUUUGGCAGCAGAGCUCCCUGUCCUCUCAUCCACUUUGCUCAGCAAGGUCAAGUGAACGAACAAAGGCUGAGAGAGGUGAAGUGCCCAUAAGCUAACUACCUUAGACACUAAUUAUGAUACUUUUGACAGAUUGUGGAUCUUCACACCAUGGGUAGGAACCACUCCCGUCAGUCCCAACGUCGUCUUUGUGAGGGCGGAACGGCCAGCUGUGCCAACACACCUGGGGCAAGAGGCCAGUGAGGGGCCUCGUGCCAGUGCCUGGCUCCUGCUUGGCUGCUCCCGGCUCCUCUGUCUUGCCCUUGCCCUUGCUCACUCCCUUGCCGUCUCUCUGAACCUCCUUAUCUCUGUCUGCCUGUCUCAUCCGCUUCUCUUUAUUCCUGUCUGUGCCUCCAGACCCUCCCCCAGACUACUGGGGUUUGAGGACACGAAAUAGAAAUUUUAUUUCAUGAACACUAUUGGGCAGUGUAAAACCAACAUCAGCACAGCCGGCAUAAGAUGUAGGCAGAUGGUUACUUUGGGAUCCUAAAAAGCAGUUUAAGUUGAGUUAUCUGUUACGUCAUGGGUUCGGAAGCUGCUGGAAUCCCGGGUCCUGUCUGACCCCUGCAGUGGUGGUGCUAAGGGGUGGCUUGGGGGGUUAGAUGCCCCUAAGUUUCCAUUAGUUCCAAACAAAUGUGCAAUAAUGCCUAAAAUGGUGUGUUUGUUAUGAAAACGUAACUACCCAGUGAAUGCCUACACCCCAUUUCUACCCACUGCCCAUAAGCUGCCCACCCUGUGCAUACUCAGGAGCCUCCAAGCCUCAGACAGGGAUCCGUCUGCUCUCUGUGUUGCUCAUUAUCUUCCAUCAAGCCUUUAUAACAAGUGGGGCUGGAAGGCUCGGUUCCUUCCUUCCUUCCUUCCUUCCUUCCUUCCUUCCUUCCUUCCUUCCUCCUUGGUCCCUUGCACAUGUUAACAUGGUUACUGAAGAUACAUUCAAUGACAAUACAAAGUGGUAGAGGGGAUCCAGAAGGCAGACUCCCUGUCACAAAGAAUUUCAGAGGUGAGCUGAAGAAACAACCUGUAUGGAUGCAAAGUUAAAUGGCAGGGCAGGGGCUAACCGACACCACAUCGGCAAUAACACCAGAGGCGUCGUGAUAUGCCAGACGCGCCCAGGACAAAUAUCAAGAGCUGAGUUCACAGGCAGGAGGGGUUACCCUGGCAGGAGGGCUGAAGUCAGGCUGUGUGGAAGGGUGGGUUUGUCCCGGGACGGGAGGUGAGUAGGCCAUGGACAGUAGCGGGGAGGGCACUACAGGCUUGGGGUUUGGCCAGCAGAACCAGACGCACAGCCUGGGACUCUGACAAAUGGCCCGGGUGGCGUGUCUGACUCAUGCAUCCGGGGCAGGUGGCAAGUGUGAUGCUGAAUAUCAGGGCUGCCCACGAACCUAAAACGAAAUGCCUGGAAAUCCAAUGGUGGCAUACAACAUACGAACCCAUGCGGACGAAAAACACACACAGAGCCCUUCUAAAACACAUUCAGUAAGGCGUAACUACAGACGAGGGUGGUUCACAAGCGACCAGAUGUGGGUGACCGUCUUGGGUCUCGACCCUGGGUACUUCCAGGCCAUAGUGGCAUGGAGGCUGGAGAUCUAGCACCUUUGGGUGCCGGGGGUCCCCUUGGGAGGUGACUAGGUCUCACCUGCGCUGGGCCAGCUGCAGGGCCCUUCCCGUUCUGGUCUUGUGCUGAAGUGACCCAGCCUCGGUUUCGCAGAGGACAAGGAUGGUGAGUAGGCUGGCCUGGGUCAGUCCCUCCCAUAGCCUGUUGGUUCUGAGACCCCCCCCCCCCAACCACCUUGGUGGCCCAGAGACGCGUGGGGUCUACUUCAAUCAGCAGUCUAAUGCUGGGCCAUCUCUGUCCUCUGUCCCACUUAGAAACCAAGGUUCUAAGAACAGCUUUCCAGCCCAGCCUGAAUCCUGCCCAUCCAGUAAACGGCAUAGCACCAGGCACACGGUGAGCGCUCAGUAAAUACUUGCUGAUGGAAUGCUCAUUGCUCACACUGCUGACAGCCCGCCUGCCUCCUGAUCCUUGCCCAGGUGGCUUCGCCCUCUAAACCUCCACAGCGGCACGCAAUCCUCACUUCCUGAUGGAGAGGAGGCCCCCCCCCGUUGGUGCUCUCAUCACGGGCACACCAUCUCCCGCGCACCUCUCCCCAGAGGUGCAUUCUGUCACCAGAAUGCAGCCUCCUGGGCCUCCCACCUUGCUGGCUGGCCCCACGGCAAGAGCUUUCGAUCAAGGGUGGAAAGCCCACGUGAAGACCCAGCCGGUGAGAGAACCCAGAAAGAGGAACAGCAGAGGUUUCUGUCUAGACCAGCUGCUGUCUGCAAUACCAUUUAAUGCGUUCGUCUCUACGUACAUACGUACGUGCAUCUAAGUUUAUCUAGGAGGCAUCUUCGUGUGAAUGUACAGAUGUGUGUUCAUAUAUUGGCGGGUGGACUUUUUUCCUCCUGUCCUAUACUUGUGGCCAUGUCAGCGCGUCUUGGGUUGUAGAGUCCUGGGGUUUGGGGAUCUGAUCCGGGGAGUGGGGAUGAGCAGCCCCGAGAGGCACAGAGGCAUUCAGGUGGAGGCGGGAUAGCCUCUCAGGAUCGCAUAAGGGCUUGCAACACCAUACUUUAGUUGCCACUGAGUCUGAGUGCAGACCCCCUUGCAUAGCAACCCAGACGUGAUUAAGUGGUUGUUGAUGCGUUUUGCGAGACAACGGGACAUCAGUGCCCCUUAGGAUGGCCUCUGGUGGGAAGCCCCACUGCAGAGCUCACCGAUGUGCUCCCGACUGUGUCUCCCAACCAUUCUGGGCCUCAGUUUCCUCAUCGGUGAGUGAGGAUAACAACGGUACUGUUAAGGGUUGCAGGGAGAGUAAAGGAGAGGGUGCACAGGGGGCUUCGUGUGUGACACGUGACACAUGCUUCGUCGGUGUUAACAGUUGUCCUCAACAUUGGCAUUGUAGUUCUUGCUGGGGGACCUGGGUCUGAGAGAGCUGGGUCCUCUGAUGCACCCUCUGGCUCUAUGGGGUCAGUCUCAACCGUCCCUGGCUCCCAGCCUUGCUCCUGGCCUACACUUCCCCUGUUGGAGGGAGGCGCUCCUGCCCCAGAAGCUCUGUCCCACAGGCAGGUCAGCUGGACAGUAGGGCCACACCGGCAGGGCUCGACAGCCUGGCCUUAGCCAGGGUUCACCCGGCCGGGCCCUUGAAGACACCGUCCACCCCGAAUUCCGAGGCGUCAUUCUCCUGGCCCAGCCAGUGACAGUCUCCUUUAUUCCCUAAACUAACUAGAGUCUGAGAUCUGGGCCUGUGCUGCCCACCCCUGCCCAGAGGCAGCGGGUUCUGGCUGGCGGGGGUCGCUGCCUGCUCUCAGCUUGUGCAGACAAAACUCAGACAGGCCGAGCAGCCUUUCUGCUCCUACUCCUUCCACUGGCCUCCCCCCUCCAGGAAAGGGCCAGGCGGACUCGUCAGCUGUGCUUCUGCUGUGAGUCCCUCGCGAGGUGGCUUGCCGCAGGCUGUCCACUGCACCCCGGAGACCCCACCUGUGGCCUCUUCACACGGUGCAGGUGGAGGACCGUCCCUAACCCUGGGCCGGGGCGGGAAGCCCCGAAAUGAACUUGGAAGGGAUUGUCAGGUCUAACCCUGUCAUUUCAGAGAUGGGAGACUGAGGUCAGAGAGGGGAAGUGUCUCACAUUUCAAGCACACUGGCUGAGGGGGACACGCCCUCCUACUUCACCCCUGGCAAAAAGUCACUAUAGAGUAGUCUCAAUCGUUCAUCAGUUGUGCCUUUUCAUUGGAGGGUUUUCUUCUAUUGAGAGGGCAGAAUCUCCACUCGGCGUUCUUUCUGGAACAGGGCGUUUUAGCAGAUUUUACCUUCGACAGGAGGGAAAAUGUGGCAGCCCCAAGUUCCUGCACUUCUGCUCUUGGACUUGGGGAGCAAGGAUGCUGAGAAGUCUCAUCUCUCUGGGGAGGGUCCUUGGGAAGACGAGUGUAAGUAAGGGAUGCAGGGAGCAGGCUGCUGGGCCCCCAGGAGAGGAAGGGUGGGCCCUCUGGCUCCCUCUAAGGCCUCUUGCCCAUCCCUGGCCUGGAUGACCGUACAUCGGGAAGCUGUGAGAACCUGGAACAUGUAAAACCUGAGCUGCUGACUCAGCAAGAGUUAGAGACCAUUUGCACACUAUUGCUGGGGUGACUGAGCUCUGUGUGGCUCGAUGUUAACAAGGGCAGCCCCUCUUCCCGACCCACACCUCCUGUAUCUCUCCUUCCGCUGCCCCCCACGCUUGCCUGAGCACUUACUGUUCUUCAGACCUGUAAUGACCACCCUUCUAUGUUCCUCAUAUUAAGCCCCAGGAACUUAAAGAUGAAGCGAGGCUGUAGCUCCUCGGAAAGUCAGGCCUGUGGCUUGCAGGUGGGUCAGUGUUUGGAGAGCAUCACCCAAAGAUAAGCCCAUCAGUGCUCCCAAUUUGGACAGAGGAACCCCCCCCCCCCAAACUAGAUCCAUCUUGCUGUGCCUGUUUGCAUGACCUAUUUUUCUGGCUACAAACAGCUAGCACUACCUGUUCUAAACAUCUGGAAUUACCUGCCUGCUUAGUCACCUUCCCUCUGGCUUCAAACAGCUGCAGGGUCCCACCCCCUCUCCACCUCCUGUCCAUCCCUCCCUCCCUUUUGUCUUCCUGGAAGGAUCUGGAGGUACCAGAUCCACAAGUUCCGAUGCCUUUAAAAGGAUCAGCCUGGGAAAUAAGGCUCAUUUGAGAGCUGUGACGUUCACCUUGACUCUAGUGAAAGUCCAACAGCCAGUCCCCUUUUGGCCUCCAACCGGGCACCAUGAGGGCCUGCGUGCCCUUGAUAGUGGCCAUGCUCUGCAGCCUGGCCUGGGCUGGAAAAAUGGAGUCAUGUGCGUCUCGCUGUAAUGAGAAAUUUAACCGGGAUGCUGCUUGCCAGUGUGACCGCCGGUGUCCCCGGCACGGGGACUGCUGUGAAGACUAUGACCAGCUGUGUACCGUGGAAGAGGAUCCGAACGAGCCAGAGCCAUUCCUGGAGCUGGAGGAAGAGACAGAGGCCCCAGCGAGCCACUUGUACUCGGCGCCCAGCUCCUGCCGGGACCGCUGCCAGGAGGCCUUCGACAGGCACCAACCAUGCCACUGUGAUGCCCGCUGCCCAGAGUUUGGGAAUUGCUGCAAGGAUUUCGAGAGCCUGUGUGGCCACGAGGGCUUCUCCUACAGCAGUGACGCCAUAACCAAGGAGGAACUGCAGAGCGUCUCUGAGAAGAUCUACAGGGCAGACACCAACAAAGCCCAGAAGGAAGAUGUCGUUAUUAACAGCCAAAACCGCAUCUCGCCCUCGGAGACCAGAGACCAAGUGGACUGCUGCCCAGAGCCGCUCUUCACAUAUGUCAACGAGAAGCUGUUUUCCAAGCCGACCUACGCCGCCUUCAUCAACCUCCUCAACAACUACCAGCGGGCCACGGGCCGUGGGGAGCACUUCAGUGCCCAGCAGCUGGCCGAGCAGGAUGCCUUCCUCAGAGAGGUCAUGAAGACCGCGGUCAUGAAGGAACUCUAUGCCUUCCUCCAUCACCAGAACCGCUACAGCUCGGAACAAGAGUUUGUCAGUGACUUGAAGAACAUGUGGUUUGGGCUCUAUUCAAGAGGCAAUGGAGAGGAAGACUCAAGUGGCUUUGAACAUGUCUUCUCAGGUGAAGUCAAAAAAGGCAAAGUCACUGGCUUCCAUAACUGGAUCCGCUUCUACAUGCAAGAGAAGGAGGGCCUGGUUGACUAUUACAGUCACAUCUAUGACGGCCCUUGGGAUUCUUACCCCGACGUGUUAGCCAUGCAGUUCAACUGGGACGGCUACUACAAGGAAGUGGGCUCAGCCUUCAUCGGCAGCAGCCCUGAGUUUGAGUUUGCGCUCUACUCCCUGUGCUUCAUUGCCAGGCCCGGCAAAGUGUGCCAGUUAAGCCUGGGUGGAUACCCCUUGGCCAUCCAGACCUAUACGUGGGACAAGUCCACCUAUGGACAUGGCAAGAAAUACAUCGCCACAGCCUAUGUGGUAUCUUCCACCCAAUAGAGCUUGGAGCCAGACAGGGGCAUGAGGACAGUGGGAGCUCUUGCAAGACUCAGGUGCUAUCUGCUCUGGGCUGGAGGAGGAUGGGGAAGACUGGAGGGGGGAUUCCCAAGUCUAAAAAUGCCCUUAUGGGAAAGAGGGAAAAGAAACAAGUAAGAAAAAUGCAGAGAAACUGUCAAAUCUUUGUGCUGUAGCAUUUUGGAAAUAGAGUCCAGACAGAGAAGAUGGGAGCCUUCCACAGCCCUUUGCCCUGAUGGAUACAAGUCCUUGACGUCUCUAGGCCUCAUGUUUCCUUUGAAUGUAAAGGGAAGGAGUUUUCCCCCUUUCCUUUUUGGGUAGGUUGGUGAGAGGGCAAACCUGACGGUAUUGUUACCGUGAAGGUGUUUUCAAUUGUUCUUAAGAAGAACAGCAGAUAAAAAUUUAAGGUCACUGUAACGGCUGUUAUCGUACACAGCUUUGCAAACUGAAGUUCAGCCCUAUGUCGGGGCCUCAAAGGACUCUGGUCAUGGAAAUUAAGCAGUGGCCGUUUGGUCUUUUCUAGGGUUAUAUCCUCUCAGAACAGGGUCUGGGAGAAUGCUGAUGCCUGAUGGAGAGGAUAAUGGGUUGGCACUGUGAGUGAACCUGGGAGGGAGUGAACUUCUCCGGGCCUGGGUGUUUUUGCAGCCAGCUCAGUGCCUGCAUCAAGAAGCAUUCUACUUGUUUAAUGCAGGUGCAGAGGUGUAUUUUGACCCCACAUAUUUUGUGAAAGAGUCCCCCAAAUGGGAAGAAGAUUUUGCAUCAGAAGAAAGGAAUUUACAGCUUGGUGGCAUUAACAGUUAUUUUAAGGGCUUAUCCAGCAGCCAUCAUUUUACUCUGGAAUUAAAGACCAGGGAGAAUGGGACUCCCUCUUCCAACCUCAGUUAUGCAUUUCUCCCUGACCUCAGGGAGAACCAGAUACUGUCUCACGGAACUAGGUUUGAAUGAUGGUUUACAGCGUUCGAGUCUCCAAUUAAAGUCAUUAAGAAAACCUGAAA